GUCAAAAAGGUUACAUACGUCAAAGUUAGAGGACGGUCGAUUUCAUUUGCGAAGCCGGUCAGGUAUUUUAUUAUUUAAUACUAUAAAAAUUAGAUACUUUUAAACAAUAAUUAUGGGUGGAAAGUACAAGAUUGUAAUGAUUCGCCAUGGUGAAAGUGAAUGGAAUCAGAAGAAUCUUUUCUGCGGCUGGUAUGACGCUGACCUUAGCGACAAGGGGCGCGAAGAAGCUGUUGCUGCAGGCAAAGCCUUAAAGGCUGAUGGUUACCAAUUCGAUGUCGCCCACACUUCAGUUCUAAAACGAGCUCAAAUUACUUUGAACUCUGUCCUUAAAGAAAUCGGUCAAACCGAUAUUCCCAUUGAGAAGACCUGGCGCUUGAACGAGAGGCACUACGGAGGACUCACUGGUCUCAACAAGGCCGAGACUGCUGCUAAAUAUGGUGAAGCCCAGGUUCAAAUCUGGCGCAGAAGCUUUGAUGUACCUCCACCAGCCAUGGAGAAGGACCACCCCUACUAUGAGACUAUUGUGAAUGACCCCCGCUAUGCUGGAGACCCGAAACCUGAAGAGUUCCCCAUGUAUGAGAGUCUGAAGCUCACCAUUGAAAGAACCCUGCCUUAUUGGAAUAAUGUUAUUGUGCCUCAGAUCAAGGAGGGCAAAAGAAUUAUAAUUGCAGCCCAUGGCAACAGUCUGAGAGGGAUAGUGAAGCAUUUGGAUAACCUCAGCGACGCAGCUAUCAUGGAGUUGAACCUCCCCACCGGAAUCCCAUUUGUUUAUGAGUUGGAUGAAGACAUGAAACCAGUGGACUCCAUGGUGUUCCUUGGUGAUGAAGAAACUGUUAAAAAGGCCAUGGCGGCUGUCGCAGCCCAGGGAAAAGCCAAGUAGAUUAAGUAUUAAAGUGAAAUUAUAUUUAUUUUGCAUAGUUCUUAUGAACAAAGAUGUUAUCCUUAAUGUGGAUAUAUGUAAAUUUGUGAAUGUGUUGUAUAUUAUUUUGGCACGCUAUAAUUUAUUUUGAGACCAGUUACCUUUGGCAUAAAGUUCAAUUUAACUUAGUUAUGUACUAAUCAUUUAUUUGGAGUUAAAAUAUUUUUAGAAUAUCGAAAUGAUCGGAAUCUCUAAAGCCUAGAUUCUAGAAUGUUCAAAUUAUUGGAUGUCUGCCAAUUAUUCUAAUAGCUACAGAUGUUGACAGAAUGUGAGUAAUAAACAUUGUUAAGUAA